UUUUCGUUCACUUUUUUUUUCCUUUUCUCUCUUUUUUUUUUCUUUCUUUUUGUCAAUCUUUCCAAAAUACUUUCCAGUAUCUUAUUUUUAUUAUUCUUCAUCAUUAUCAUUUUCAAAUUGAAACGUACUUCACCCAUUUCCACACCAUCCUGUCCUGAAACAUAUCGACAUUCCAAACGAAGCAAAUCAGAUAAAAUAGACAAUUCCAACAACGAAGAGACUGACAACCAAGUAGAAGACCAGUCAUUAGUUCAACAACAAAAUUCAUUCACUACUUUAUCUCCGGUGUCUCCCUCAAUGGAAACACCUCCUUCUCAUGAAAAGUCAAGGUCUCCACCUCGCUAUACUCUAUCCACCAAAACGACACCAACAACAACAACUACCACAGCCACAACUCCUGCUAUAUUAUCACCUAGUCGAACAAGAAUACAACAACAACAACAGGAAGAAUCUACUAUUACUUGUCAACCCACCAAUUCUUCCAGUAGUCAAUGUAGUAGUUCCAAGAAACGUCCAUUACCAAAGGAAACAUCUUCUUCAAAGAAUAAUACGAAAAAUGAUUUUUCAAUCGAAAAAACUACCAAUAAUACAACAACAACAACUCAAUCAGUACCACCAGCUUCACCAACAAUAAUAACAACACAACCAACACAAUCACCAUUAUCAUCACCAACAACAACAACAGUAAUAUCAACUACCUCCUCACCAUUAUCGUCAACUUCACCUCGACCAAGUGCUCCUUCUUAUGAUAUUUCCCAGGUUACUCAUGAUGCUGCAAAUUAUAUGUUCAAAGUUUGCCUGGAUUCCAAAGGAAAUAUUGCUGCUUUAUGUUACCUUCCAACAAGAUUUCCCACUUUGGUUGAAUUUUAUCAUACAGAAAUACCAUUCGCAUAUCGACAUUUAGGUAUUGGGGAUCUAUUGGUAAAACGUGCAUUUCAAUGGGUGGAACAAUCAAACAUGUUGGUGAUCCCUUCUUGUCCUUUUGUUGUACGAUACUUGAAAACUCAUUAUCCAAAUGGAACAAGUGGUGAUUGGAAAUUCAUAAUGACUGAUGAACAAACCGGGUUAAAAAAAAAAACUACCUCAUAGGAGAUGAUAUACUAUAUAGAUAGAUGUGCGAAAGGGACCACUUGGUUAUUAUCACUUUUUUUGUUUUUGUUUUUUGUUUUGUACCAAUGUUUGCUUGUAUAUCAAAUUUUAUAAUUUAAUAAAAAGAAAAUUAUGUCUCCUUGUUCUAUUACUA